AUGUCCGAGGAAAUCGAAACCCCUAUUGUCAUCGUCGGAGGCGGUGGUUGUGGGUUGACCCUUUCAAGCUUUCUAUCCAACUAUGGUGUCGAGCACGUCCUUUUUGAGAAGCAUACCGGCACCUCGAUCCUUCCAAAGGCGCACUAUCUGAACCAGCGCACGAUGGAAACACUUCGCAAUCAUGACAUGGUGCAGGAGAUUCUUCAGAAGACCUGUCCUCCACGACACAUGAGUCAGGUUGCCUGGCAGACCUCACUAGGUGGCUCCGGUAUAUUAGAUCGUCAGGUGAUCUCUAAAUUCGAAUGCUUCGGCGGAAAUGACGGAACGGAGUUCGCGGAAUCCUACAAACGUGACGCCCCGCUCCGCUCGGGGAACCUCCCGCUAUUUCGGCUAGAACCAAUACUAAAAGAACUUGCAGAGAAGAGAAACCCGGGCAAGAUUUUCUUCGGUCAUCAAUUGGUGAAUUUCACCGAUGAAGGCUCUUCCAUCGUUGCUAGAGUCUCUGACAGAGCCGGACGGGAAAGAUCAUAUCGAUGCAAAUACCUCAUUGCUGCAGAUGGAGGACGGACUAUAGGUCACAAACUUGGCAUCAAAAUGGAAGGUUUAACCAACAUCGCCGAUAUGGUUUCGGUGCACUUCAGCGCUGAUCUCUCCGAGUAUUGGGAUGGCCGCUACUUUGCUUGCCACUUCAUCAAUGGCGAAUGUAACACUGUCUUCGAGAGCGGUGCAAUUGUUCCUAUGGGUCCGAAUUGGGGCAGGCAUUCUAAGGAAUGGGUGUUUCAUUGCGGAUUUGCGAUGGAUGACCAAAACCGACACGACGAUGCAGCACUGAUUCCACGUAUCCGCCAGCUGUUAAAGAUCCCUGACUUGGAAAUGGACGUGCAUAAAAUAAGUCACUGGGCCAUUGAGAAAGUCGUCGCGGACAAGUAUCGGGUGGGCCGAGUCUUUCUUGCCGGGGAUGCGGGAAACCGUCGUCCGCCGACGACUGGUCUAGGGCUCAAUACCGCGCUCGAGGACUCUCUCAAUAUUGCCUGGAAGCUGGCAUUGGUUCUCAAAGGGCAAGCCAGUGAGUCUAUUUUGGAUAGCUACGAGCCGGAAAGACGCGCCGUCGGCGAGAUAAACUCCGAUUGGGGGUUGUUCACGUUCAGUAACUCCGCCGUGAUCAAUACUAUCCUUGGACUCAUCCCGGGAGAAAGAGAAGCAAACCAAUUCCGUUUACAAACCCUAUUCGAAGAUACCGAUAAAGGGCACAGCUUCCGAGCUCAAGUUGCGCGCAUCAUCGACACCCAAGCCAUUGAAUUCUGUGCACAUGGAAUCGAGCUGGGCUUCAGGUACCCCAAAGGCCUUGUUCUCCAUGACGGAAGCCUCCCGACAAACAGGGACCCCCUGGGUAUAAAAUAUCAUCCGACCACACAGCCUGGCCAUCGUCUCCCACAUGCUUGGAUCGAGACAGGGAACAGCGUCAUCUCUACCCAUGAUCUGGUGUCAAACAAGCCAGGGUUCGCCUUGAUUACGGACAGUGAAGGGGGUGACUGGGGAAUUGCUGCCAAGAAUAUUCUCAAGAACCGUGGGGUCGAAGUUGUCGUGGCUCAAAUUGGUGACAGAUGCCUUUACCGGGACUACGACGAUCGAUGGAAUGGCCUGAAAGGCAUCCAGACUGGCGGAGCUAUCCUUGUUCGUCCCGACAACAUGGUAGCCUGGAGGUCGAUCUACAAGAGCCGUCAUGGCGGUAAGGAGUUGGAAGUUGCGAUGGACCAGCUGCUGCUAGACGAUACCGAGGAGCAUUCCAAAGCGAAACUCUAA